CCACAAAUCAAACGUACCUACUGUUUUUGCUGGUUUUGUGCAAAGUUGUGUUAAUAGAAGAAAAGGAAAAUGUCUAUGCCAUCUUGGAUAACGAGGGAAACCUUCCAGAAGGUCCUAGCGAGUUAUUUUAAAGCCAAUACGGUUGAUGUUGUAUCCUUUACGUCCAAAGGCGCUUGCGGAGCAGGUGAAAACUACACCAGUGAUAUAUUUAGAACUACUAUUACAUUUAGAAAAAAUAGAGGGGAUGUUGAACUACUGUCAGUAAUAGUAAAAUGUAAUAGUGCCGAUGGAUCAAAACGAACUUUAGCAGAAGUUUGGAACUUGUUUGAUAAAGAAGUUGAAAUGUAUAAAACUACGCUGCCUGUAAUUCACAGUUUAUUAAAGGAAGAAAGUACAAUUAGUUCAAACUGCUAUUAUACCUCUCUUACACCACACGCGUUAAUAAUAAUGGAAGAUUUGUCAGAAAGUGGUUACAACAUGCUCUCCAGACAGCUUGGAUUUAAUCUUGAAAUAUCAAUAAAGGUCAUGGAGAAAAUGGCAAAAUUGCAUGCGGGGUCUAUUCUUGCAUACAAGAAGAAUCCAGGUGUAAUGAAAAGCUACAGUACAGGGUUACACAACGAUGCUGACGAAUUGGUUAGAAAAUGGGUAAAGAACGGAUUCUCAGCCCUUGCCGAUGCAUGUUUAACUUGGCCAGGUUUUGAGCAGUACGGACAAAAAUUGAAAAUGCUAGGUGACCAAGCAAUGGAGAGAGGGUUUCAGGCUAGCAAAAGAAAACCAGGAGGUUUCCAUGUCCUUAAUCACGGAGAUACAUGGGUGAACAAUAUUUUGAUAAAAUUUGGUCUCGAUAAAAGUGUUGCAGAUGUCAAAUUUAUUGAUUUUCAAAUGGCCAUUUUUACAAGUCCAGCAAUUGAUCUUCAUUUUUAUAUAUCAUCGAGUCCUGACACAAACGUCAAAUUGGACCAUUUAGAUCUACUGUUAGAUAUAUAUUAUUCCCAUUUAAUUGUCAAUUUAUCAAGAUUGCAGUAUACUCUCAAUAAAGUACCUACCAGAGAAGAAUUCCUUAAAGACGUUUAUGAUAGAAGCUUUUUCGGUUUAAUGGUAGCUGUAACAGUGGUACCCUUUGUAAAAGCUGAUAAAAGAGAAGAUGGCAUAUUUGACAAUAUAUUCAUAGAUACACCUUUUAGACAUCAUGUCUUUAACAACGAUAUCUAUAGACAGCAUAUUCAAUGUCUUCUGCCGUUCUAUGAUAACUUUGGUAUUUUAGAUUAGAUUAAAUUGCAAUGUUACAAUGUGGUAGUCAAGAAAUGUAAAAUAUUUAAAUAAGAUUUUUGUCUGUGUUUUUAGUUAUAAUAAAUAAGUUUUUUCUCUAUUUUUUAAUAAAAUUUAUAAGU